AUACGUAUGUGUGCGCGUGCGAAAAUCGAUAAAUUUUACAGUAUAAUAGUUCAAUCUAAUGUAUAAACAAUUGAUAGGCCUAUAACGUGAGCAGUCCUGAAUACCCCUUCCAACCCUCUUCAAGCAAGAUCAAUAUUUCUAGCUGAAGGGAGACAGAGCAUCACUGUGCUAAGAGAGGGGAUGUGAAUAAACUCUCUCUAUGGGUAAAGCCUGUUGCUGAUAUCACAUUUAAACAUUUAUCUUUUCUCUGUGCAUUUCUUUAAAAUUAGUGAUUAUUUCAAUAAUGUUAUAUUAAGAAAUUUGAUAAAAUAUAGUGAUGUGCUGUGGUCAGCAGUCAAGGGAUGGACAAGCUAACUAAUUUUACUCGUGGUAUCAAUACUACAUCUUCAAUAUCAGCGCAGAAUUGUGCUUCAAAUUCAACAAGCUCAGCAUUUCUUGACAGAGUGUUAAUUACUGCUCCAUCGUGGAUUUCUGUAAAUCAAGAUUUGAGAUGGAUUUUUCUUCUGCAUACUUACGGAUUUGCAAGCCUUUUCUUUGUACUUGGAUUUUACACGUUUUUCUCUAUUUUAAAUUUAAGAUCCCUUAUAUCAAGCCGCCCUUUUAUGUCAACGAUUAAUAUAUUUUUAUGUUUAUUGGGUGCAUCAAGGGCUGCAUGUUUAUGUAUAGAUCCUUAUAAUCUUAAAGAAAUAAUGCCAAAGAUUAUAGGGUCCACUAUGUGGGAUAUUGGAUUUCCUUGUAUUACUUCUGCAUUUUGCCUUAUACAAUUGACCUUCUUGCAAUUAACACAACUUAAGUUUGGGCCAGAAAAGAUACAAAAGGAAUCAUUUUUUAGUCUUAUUAUAACAGGACAUUUUUUUUUUGUAAUUGUAAGUGAUGUUGCUUUAACAUCACAUAAUUGUUAUAUGGCAAAAUAUUUGGUGCAAACUGUAUUCCUGCUAUGGAGUAUUCUUUUAUAUUUAACAUUUCUGCAUGCAGGCUAUAAAGUCAUGCAUUUAUUGAAAACAAUGCCAAGUAGUAUGUUAACAAGAGACAAUUCUAAUGCUCAUCACAAAGGCAUUAUGCAACUUGCUAUGCUAGCACCAUAUAGCAAUCUUGCAACAUCAGUAGCAGCUGCUGCGUUGGUGCCUACUUUAUUUAGUCCUAAAAUCAAAGAUUCAGAAGAGAAUGAAAGUGCCAAUGUUGAAGGAAAUUUAGAAUAUAAAGGUAAUUCUUUAAAAAUAUCUAAAAAACAAGAACAAGAUCAAAUGGAAGUGUCUCGUAAUGUUUCAUCAUCUUUACGUGAAGAGACUUUUGUUCAACCAGUAUCUACUGUACCUGAAGUUUAUGUUAGACCACCGACACCUACGCCAUCAACUGCAAAUUUACCAAUAAUAACAGUUUCUAGUCCAAGUCGAAGAAGCUCUUUAGCAAGUAGACGUGGGAGUGAUGUAUCUCGUUCAUCACGUAGAAAUUCAGAAUGUAGUGUUAAAUUUGUAAAUGAAGAAGAUGUUUUACCAAUUAUUACUGACUUCAAAUAUGGUGUUGAAUUCAGCCCUAAAUAUUCUCCUAGUAUUAAUAGAAGUCAAUCACCAGAACGAAUAGCACGACGACAUUCUGAGAAUAUUACACCGACUGGCAGCACGAAAGAAUUAAGAAGGUGUUCAGAUUUUUCUCAUGAAAAAAAUCGUAGUUCUCAGUUUGCCACUAAAUUGAGAAGGAAUAGCGAUUUUGGUAACAGAACACCAAGAAGAAUGUUACCCCCAGUUGAACAGAGAUUGCCAAAAGUCUUAGAUCUCAGUCCUACAGGUUCACGACGUAAUUCUGAUAUUGGCACUUUUAUAUCUGCUAAACACGAGUCAAGAAGAAAUUCUGACUUCUCUUAUAGACGAAAUUCCGAAAUGGCACAAAUUAAGCCAUUAGUUAUAAAUCGUCGUAGUAGCGAUAUAAGUAUUAGAACAUUGGAUAAAAGUCCUACUCAUUAUCAAAGUAUAGUUCCUCAAAAAAUAGAAAUACAGGAGAAGUCUGAAUCGGAUUCAGAUCAACCGGAUUGUAAUGAAAAAGCUGCAUUAAUGAAUGAAAAGAUAAAGAAUAAAGGUGAAGAUACAAAAGUACGAAAGAAAAGCUUGUCUUGGAAAACGGAUAAAAGUAAAGAUGAAUCAGAAGAAAUUACAGCUGAAACAAAUUUGCUUCCUGAAAAUUCUGGAGCAGAGAGCAAAAUUACGGGCACUGAUUUUACAUUGCAUUCAAUACUAAAUCACAUAGCAUACGUGAAUAGAGCUAAAUCUGAUACACCGCUGCAUAUACCAGAAGCCACUACUGCAGCUGUCAGAAGAUCUCAAAUUCGAAGAGUGUUACAUGUUACAUAUACUACAGCAAUUUUAGGAAUCAUAUUGUGUAUCAUAGAUCUUGUUCGUGUUUUUGGACCUUAUGGACUCUUGGCAGAAGCAGUAACGUAUGAUACACGGCCAUUGCUAAAUCAAUUUCCCAAGCCAUGGCCUUGGUUAUUAUAUCAAACAUUGUGCAGAGCCAUAGAGCUCAUAAUGGGUUGUGCAAUGGCAAGUAUAACAAAACAACCAUCGGUAAGCCCACGUCAUCAAUAUUUAAGUAGUUACCCCAAUUAUAGCACACGUAUGAAACGAGGUAACAAUCUUUACAUAUAAAGCAAUACUCAUGUCAGUCAUAUAACAGACUGAAGAACCAAGAUGCCAAAUUGAAUAUUUCCAUGAUCUUAUAUACCAUCUAUCUUCAUUAAAACAUUUACAGAUUAUUCUUGUAUGACCAUCUUCUACUAAGGUAUAAUCCAUAUUAUUAAAUCUUGUUAAGUAACAAGAUCUUAUUAUAAAUAACUUUAUAUUUAAAAAAUUGUGUGUUUCUAGACGGAACAGUCAGUAAUAUAUUUUUAUUGAAUUGUUUAACCUGUUUCAUACUUAAGAAAUCUAAGUUAUUUCUAUUUUACAAAGAAUCUGCAAGAUAUAUUUUAUUUUGAUACUAUAUUUUUAAUGCUAACUGGGUGUGAAACUCAAAAAAAGAAAAAAAAAAGUAUCAAUACUAUAGACUGGUAGAAAGAUCAGAAUAUGAUCAAAUACUAUAGUAGAAUUGCAGCAAUAGAUCAGUGCAACAUUCUAAAAAAAAGUGUGUUCUAAUAAGAUAACUUUUAUCUUUAUAAUACAAGUUUACAUACAAUUUAAUGAAUAAAGCUUUCAUUUGGUUAUACAUAUAUUAUUCGAGGUAAAUAUAUAUUUUUUUAAUUAAAAUAUAUAUAACACGAUUACACUGCUACUCUUUAUGUUAUUAUUAUCUUAUUGAGUACAUUAUUCAAAUACAGUAUUAGUAGAGAUUUUAGUCAAACAAAUAUGUUUUAUGAUAUAAUAGUCAGAUAUAUUUUAUUUGUGAAUUUACUUUAAAAUAGAAAGUAUUAAUGGAAUCUCUAAAAAAAAAAAAAAAAAAAAUAAGAAAAUAAAAAAAAAAGUAUUAGUAUAAUGAAUGAGGCACUGAUAAUAAACAAAGUGAUGACUUUUUACCAAGUAUUCACUGCGCCCAUGAUUAUGGUAAAAAUUUGUUCCCAAAUUUGAAGUGCCCUAUUAUUACAUGUUUGAGAAAAUUACUUAGUAUUAAUGAUAUAUGUCUAAAUAAUUUGUCAGUAAUGAAAACGUGUAACAGUGUUGUGAUCCUAAAUGUGAUAAAAGUUGAUGUAUUUAGGAUAGGAGACCAUUUUAUGCUUAUGCAAGUUUUGCAUAAUAUCUUAUUCUGCGAGAUGAAAGACUGGUUAAUGUGACAUAUAAAUUUUUAUGUUCUUUUGGAAUUUUACUAUUUAAAUAUAUUUUUCCCUAUAUUAUAUAUAAUUAAAGAUAAAUAAAUUUAUUUUAUUAAAUAUUUAGAAAUUAUAUUGAAGAAUAUCAAAAUUGUCAAAAAGGACACAGUUAAAAUGAUUUAUAAAUUUUUAAUAUGUUAUGAAGAAAAUGUUUUUUUUUUUUUCAAUACAAGUAAUUAUGAGCAAUUAUUAUAUAAUAUAUAUGAGGAAAAAGUUAUUUAAUAGAAGCAUAAAAGGUCUCAGUAUUUGUCUAUGUAGAAUUUAUGACAGAUUUUAGUAGUUCAAAAUAUCAUUAAUGUUCAAUGUGCCAAAUACUCGUGUUAUCUACUUACAAAUGUCUACAAAGAGAUUGUCUACAUAAGAUUUUACUCUACAUGAGUACUCCUACAAAUAUAAAUAACAAACAGCUAUUUAUAUACAAUUGGAUGUUCAAUAAAACAGAUCUAUCUUUUCAAUUAAACUUAAAACCGUUAUAUGAGAAUAUAUAUAUAGCACAAAACUAUUUUUAUGGAUGCAAAAUUCAUUGUGAAUAUUGGAAAUUUCAUUAUUGUAAAAUCUAUGUAUAUUGUAAUGUUAAACAUAUUGGAAUAGCAAUUAAUAUCUUUACAAACGUAAUCAUUUAAUCAUAAAUGAAUUACAAAACAAUUUCAGAAAUGUAAUACAUAUUUAUAAUACAUGAUUAACCACAUAACUAUCAUACAGUAUUGAUAAGCAAAAAACAUAUAUAUGUACACACACAUGUAUUUUGUUGCAGUAUAAUUUCGAAUUACACACAUUUAUGCUUUUUUCUUUAGAAGUAGAAUUAUUUUAAUAAGAAAUACAUAAAUAUUGAAAAGAUAAAUAAAAGAAUAGUAUAUUAUAGUUGAAUUUUCAUAUAUUUACUAUCUUUUUGUGAAAAGAAAAUAAAUAAUUGUUGAAAUAUAAUUUUGCAUAAUUUCUGAAAAUAGAAUAUAAAAAAAUAUAAUAUAUAAAUUUGGAAAAUGUUAAUUAAAACAACCAAUUAAAGUACAUAAUUAGAAUUGAUAUAUAGAAAACAAUAUAAUAGAAGUCAUAAUAAGUUGGAUCUUGAAAAUUAUGAUUGAUAAUUCAAAUAAUUUACAUACGCACAUUCUACUCUCUUGUGUAUUGGUGUUAUCUAUACAUACAUGUUGGUUGUGUGGGACGAACUGAUCACAAAAAAGCUUUAAUAAUGAACAUUGCUGAUAAAUUACAACAAUUAUAUUAUGAAAGACAAUUGCAAAAAAUAAAUGAAAUAAUUGAAAAUA